AUGUCCUGGCAGAGCCUGGAGGAGGAUGCUACACCUGGGCACAUGGGGAGCCCUGGGGAGGUGAGUGAGGAUGACGUAGCCCUGCCAGCCACCAUCACAGGCACGUGUACCCUGCCUGGGUCUCCAGCCCCUGCUUUGGGUGGGAAGUCCAGUGGAGUUUUCCGAAGGCUACGUGAUGUGUGGUAUGGCAACAGACUGAAUGCAGAAGCAGAUCUGAGAAGCUCGCUCUCUUUUAUCAAGCCAGAUAUCAAUAAUGAGAUUGGCAAAACCGUAGAAGGACUGACUGAGGUCAGUCAGCAAUUUGAAGAGAGUGUCACAGAGACUGACCAGUCCUUUAUGAAUGCAGAGUCUGAUGGCAUUCUGGGCCUGAGAUAACCCUGCUUGGCUGAAAAGGUGACCCCGGUGUUCGACACAAUGGCCCAGAAGCUGGUGGAUCUACCCGUGUUUUCCGUGUACACGAGCAGUGACACAGGAGGUGGUGCAGGUAGCGAGCUGAUUUUCAGAGGCUAUGACCUCCCAGUCACCAAACAAGUCUACUGGCAGAUUGCAGGGGACACAAUCCAGGUGGGAGGCACCACGAUGUUCUGCUCCGAAGGCUAGGCCACUGUGGACCCAGGGACCUCCCUCAUCACAGGCCCCUCAGGCAGUAGCAAGCAGCUGCACAGACCACUGGGGCAGAGCCCAUGGACGGGGAAUUGGGAGGCCUCUGAAUGGAUCCUCUGUGUUGUGUUUUCAUACACUGUGGAGUGUGUCAACAUCGGUGUCUUGCUGGAUGUCACCUUCACCAUCAAUGGGGUCCCCCACACCCUCCAACCAACUGCCUACACCCUGCUGAAAUUCAUGGAUGGAAUGAAGUUCUUAAUCAGUGGCUUUCAAGGUUCUGACAUCCAACCUCCAGCUUGCUCCUUCUGGACCCUAAGCAAUGUAUCAUUAAACAGCUUUACUGCUUUUGACCAUGGGAAUAACCAUGUGGGGCUGGCCCCAGCAGUCCCCUAA